AUGACUACUUGUCAAUUUAGUUCCCCUGUCAGCUGCUAUGCCUGUAUACCUGGUAUGGUACAAGAGACUAACGCAGCCACUCUGACAGCUUCUCUCGUAGCUGCAGCUGUAAAUUUGGCCGCGGUUUCUCGCCCAGGAGCUCCGUCAGUUUCACAUCUUCUACAUAACAGCCUGCCUCUUUCUGCAACCCAGAUUCAUGUAGGAUCCAGUAGUAGCUGUUUGAGUGCCAACGGACUAGGUCAGGCAGUCUCACAAUUCAGCCACCCACUCUCUCAACCUCCAAGCACUGGGAUCCAAUUUCCUGCGUCUGGUCAAGCCGCAACUCAGCAAAAUGGAACCGGAUGUUGUUAUCAGCCUUUAGGAAUCUUUUCUCGUAUGUAG